AUGCGCAAGUUUGAAAAUUGCGUGCUUCUCACCCGUGUUGGCGGCUUCUACGAACUGUAUUUUGAGCACGCCGAGGAGUAUGCCUCUCUGCUGAACCUCAAACUGGCAUCUAAAAAGACCAACGCUGGGCCUGUCCCCAUGGCUGGCUUCCCCUUCUUCCAACUGGACCGCUUUCUGAAGGUUCUGGUUCAGGAUCUGAAUCGCUACGUGGCCAUAGCAGAGGAGUUUCCCAAUGACGCUGCUGACAAGGUCAAGUCUGGGGGGUUGAUGCAUGACAGGAGGGUGGCUCGAAUUAUCACCCCCGGCACUCUGAUUGACGAAAACUUUAUCGACCCGUAUGCGAACAACUAUGUCCUGGCAAUACAUGUUGCCGAAAGCAAAGGGGCAGCAGAAUCUACAUCUGUCAUGGUCCAAGAGCAUGGCAUUUGCCUUUCAGCCCCAGCAAGCCCGCUGCCGCUUGGCCUGGCCUGGCUGGACUUGUCGACGGGCCACUUCUUCACACAGUCCUCAGACCUGGCUUCUCUCCCGUCGAUACUGUCCCGUAUCGGCCCGCGGGAAGUCGUCCUGGACCAGGAGAUCGAGUCCCGCAAGGAUCAUGACAUCUUUUCCAUUCUGGCCGAGGACAGACACCUCAUUACUUACUCCCCCAAUGGUGGCCUGACAGACAUGGGAGACUGGACACCCCUGCUGGAAUCACAAGUGCCAGAGAGCGCCCGGAAAACCUUCACGAGUGAGGAAGUCCUCGCCGGCAGCCUUGUGCUGAACUAUGUCAGGGAACGACUCCAGGGAAUGACGAUGAGGCUCCUGCCGCCUCUGCGACGCGAGUCAAUGCAGAUCAUGAACAUUGACAAAAACAGCCUGCGGGCUCUGGAAAUCAAGCAGACGAUUCGGGACGGCUUGUUUCGUGGGAGUCUUUUGCACGCCAUUCGACGAACUGUCACAAAGAGCGGAGCAAGACUGUUGAACGAAUGGCUCGGCUCCCCAUCCACAUCUCUCGAGGUCAUCAACACGCGACAAAACUUGGUUGCGAAAUUCAUCUCUGCCGGGGAUCUUCGUGACUCCAUCGUCAUGCUUCUCCGACGGAGCCAUGACUCGCAACGGCUGGCCCAGAAAUUUUCUCUGGGAAGAGGCGACGCCGACGAUCUUCUGGCAUUGGCAAACACCAUACAGGCCACCGAAGACAUCGUCUCUUUACUCGACGAAGCAGCAGCAUCAGGCUCCGAUGCCGCGCAGAACGACGGCCUGUCGGGGCUUCUGUCAAGAAUCCAUCUCACCCAGCCACUCAAACUGGCCCGCAGAAUCAAAGACGCCAUAGACGAAGAAGGGAUCGUCCACCAGCACGAGAUAGAAGACUCUGAAGCAAGUCAGAUGCUCUCUCUCGCCCAGGACAUCGUGGCAAGCGAGGGAUCUCGAGACGACGCAUCGUCUCUGCCCAAGGGCAAGAAGAAACGACCAACGUCCAUCAGGGAGCACUACGCAGAGGACAGCGAGGCCUGGAUCAUGAAACCCGGUGCGAGUACCGACCUGGAAAAGCUCCAUGCGCAACUUUCCUCCCUCGCAGACGAGAUGGUACAACUGAGCAACCUUCUGCGCGUGAAAUUCGGUGCUCCUAGUCUUACGCUGCGGUGGAGUCCAGGACUGGGCCACAUUGCCCACGUCAAAGGGAAGGACACCAAGAACGUCACCGACGUCCGAGCCCUCUCGUCCAGCCGUUCGACCACGUCCUUUCACGUGCCCGAGUGGACGGCGCUGGGCCAGCGUCUCGACCAAGCGCGCUUCCACAUCCGCCGAGAAGAGCAGCAGGUGUUCCAACUCCUUCGCAAACAGGUGGUCCACAACCUCGUCAAGCUGCGCCGCAACGCCGAGGUGCUCGACGAGCUCGACAUCGCGACGUCCUUCGCCCGGCUCGCCAUUGAGCAGAACCUCGUCCGCCCCAGGCUCAACAACUCUACAACACAUACCGUCAUUGGCGGGCGACAUCCCACCGUCGAGGGCGGCCUGCUAGAGCAAGGCAGAAGCUUUGUCCGGAACGACUGUCUCGUAGGAAGUCAGCUGGACGGCUUGCUCUGGCUCAUCACGGGCCCCAACAUGGCAGGCAAGAGUACGUUUCUGCGGCAAAACGCGCUCAUUACGAUCCUCGCCCAGGUCGGAUGCUACGUGCCCGCUUCAUACGCGGAGCUGGGCAUCGUAGACGCCAUAUUCAGUCGUGUCGGCUCCGCGGACAACCUGUACCGCGACCAAAGCACCUUUAUGGUCGAGAUGUUGGAGACGGCCCAGAUUCUGAAACAAGCGACGCCGCGGUCUUUUGUCAUCAUGGACGAAAUUGGCCGAGGGACUACGCCUGAGGACGGCGCCGCCGUCUCGUACGCCUGUCUGCACCACCUGGUCACGGUGAACCGGUGCCGAACGCUGUUCGCGACGCACUUCCACCGGGUCGCUGAUCUGGCGGCAUCAGAUGGCCUAUGCAAGGCCGAGGGAGGUCCAGUGCAGCUUUACUGCACCGACGUGGAGGAGGAUGAGCAGGGAGGGUUUGUGUACGUCCACAAGCUACGCAAGGGCAUCAAUCGACGGAGCCAUGCUCUGAAGGUAGCCAGGCUGGCGGGUUUGCCCGAGCGAGCCGUGGGCACUGCCAAGCAGGUCCUCGAGGGAGAGGGCGUUACCGGCACGUUUUCUACAUGUGCUGCGAUUGGGGGUUGA